AUGACCGAGUCUGAAAAAAAUUUUUUAUUGCUCAGGUUUGUUCCUCAUGAUUGUUUCGCGGUCACGAAUGAUGAAAAACAAAUAGACCCCAGGGUCGCAACGCAGUGGAAGCUCAGUGAUGAAGAAUCUCAAGCGCUGGUGGAUAAAAUUUUUUUAGACCGGUUUAAAAGUACUUAUCAGGUUGCUUACAAUUGUCCAGAUAAUUUUAGCAAAAUUAAUUCUGAGAUUGACGGGGUUAGAGAGUUUGACAGUGAAUACAAGAGAUAUUCUAAUGACUUGUACUUUGAACCGAGCGAUGAAAUAAAUUUAGCGGCUCCUCCAACAGCUAAAAGAAUUUUCGGAUGCCUAAGAGGAAGAUUUUUAAAGCGCGCGCUUUCAGUUUAUCAAGACACUUUUGGAAGAACUGCAGCUGAAAUAGUGCUCAAAAAAUGUUGUUAGAAAUAGAAGAUGAAACUAGAGAUUUCUUGACGACUUACAGCAAAGAU